GUUGAUGUCACCAUGCAGCACUAUGGAGUGAACGGCUACUCGCUGCACGCCAUGAACUCGCUGAGCGCCAUGUACAACCUCCACCAGCAGGCAGCUCAGCAGGCCCAGCACGCCCCCGACUACCGCCCCUCCGUGCACGCCCUCACCCUGGCAGAGAGACUGGCUGACAUCAUUUUGGAGGCACGUUAUGGAUCCCAGCACCGCAAACAAAGGCGAAGUCGCACGGCCUUCACCGCCCAGCAGCUGGAGGCCCUGGAGAAGACCUUCCAGAAGACUCACUACCCAGAUGUGGUGAUGAGAGAGCGCCUGGCCAUGUGCACAAACCUGCCUGAAGCCAGAGUCCAGGUCUGGUUCAAGAACCGGAGAGCCAAAUUCCGGAAGAAGCAGCGCAGCCUGCAGAAAGAGCAGCUGCAGAAGCAGAAGGACUGUGAGGGGAGCCACAGUGAGGGAAAGAUGGAGCCGCCUGUGCUGGAGACCCAGGCUCCCACCCCAGACACUGAGAAGGUCCAGAGCCUCCCCAGUGAGGUGGGCACAGACCUCAACCUGACCCUGUCGGAGCAGUCUGCCAGCGAGUCGGCACCUGAGGACCAGACCGACAGAGAGGAGGAGUUCAAGAGCACCUUGGAUGAGGCCAAAGUGGACAAGAGCCCUGGUGUGGACAGCAAGACUCUGAACUGCAAGAGAGCGAGCCCAAAAGCAGAGUCCCCUAUCAGCGCGACUGUGACACCUUCGUCCAGCAGUGGCCUGGCUCAGACUCACUCCUACUCCUCCUCUCCCCUGAGCCUCUUCCGCCUGCAGGAGCAGUUCCGCCAGCACAUGGCAGCCACCAACAACUUGGUCCAUUACUCCUCCUUUGAAAUGGGGACACCGUCUGCCAUGCCCUACUUGGGCAUGAACGUCAACAUGGCCCCGCUGAGCUCCCUGCACUGUCAGUCCUACUACCAGUCGCUGUCCCACGCUCAGCAGGUCUGGUCCUCCCCCAUCCUGCAGGCCUCCAGCUCCCUGCCAAGCCUGAACAGUAAAACCACGAGCAUUGAGAACCUGAGGCUGCGGGCAAAGCAGCACGCGGCGUCCCUUGGGCUGGACACCCUCCCCAACUGACUGCCCGUGAGAAGGUGCCCCAGAGGCUGGCACCACACACGGCUCUCCUCGAAUCCCCACGCACCCCCACCUCUUCCUGGAGUCAGGUGCUCCCUUGCAGGGAAAACUUUGCGUUUGUUCACGUCUUAUUAGCACCACGGUUGCGUCAGACAUUGCUGCUGGCCUGGUCUUCACUGAAUAUUUAAUGAGGAAGGGGGAGAGGAUCUGUGUUUAGACAGAUGAACUGUCCUCUGGACUGCCAUGAGUUCAGCCUGUAACACCCAGGAGGAGUCCCUUCUCCUCAUCCCCUCGAUAAGGUGCCAACUGUGUUAUAUUCACCUUUUAUUUUGUUGUUGCUGUUACGUUCUUUGGGGGAGAAAGAGUUCCUGCUUUGUCUUGUAUAUAGUUUAUAAUGUUGACAGCACCCAUCACCUGUGUGUUACUGUCAGUGUUACAGAACUGUGACCUCUUUUGCUUUUAUUCCCCUUUCCUUUUCAAUUUUAGUAGCUAGUAUCAGAGUUACAAAUCAGCCAUCAUCUUGACCUCAGCUGGUAGCUAGUUGAUCUUCUUGGGUCAGCAUCCUAAAGGUGUUCAUGAGGAAGAGACAUGACCGUGCACUUCACCACUCCACUUCUCCCUUCUCUGAUAAAGCUAAAUUUUUAACAACUGGGAAAUGAUCUGAAGGUGAAUUUCCUGUUUAAGCACUUCCUAUAAGGCAAGCAUUUUUCUUUUUCUUCUUAAUAGCACUUGCUCAAAGAGGACAAUAUAUUGGCCAAAUGCUGCUGGCUGGGAGAAAAUGAAGACCAAAUUUGCAGAUUAUUUUUGAUCUGUAUUGUUUCCUCUUUGAUUUUCAGUGAAGUGUAAACUUUAUUUACAAGUUACGGGGUUUUCUUUAUGGAAAACAUUUUGGUCUUACUUUGACAAUAGAUGGUAAUUAAAAUUUCGUAUGGACUCCUGGUGUGUUCACACACCAUGAAUUUUAUGGUUCUUUGACAAAAAACUUGAUUAAUGCAAGCUGUGUCUAGGAAAAAAUCUCUGAUCACCAAACUCUAUUCUCAAGCCCUCAGUCCAGAAAGUGGUUUUCAAGUGAAAAUGUAACAAGUGAAAAAUGCUGAAGUGCUGGAGGCAAAGCAAGUGUAAGCAGGGGCUUUAUAUUCUUUUGGGAACUGAGGGGAGAUAGAUGAACUUGGCAAAAAUGCAAGGUUUGCAAGUAACCAAAAUUCACCAGCUUCAGAAUUAUUGCACUGAACAGUUUCAGUCUCAUUUCAUUGGAAUGACCCAUCAUUCACCCUUAGGUGGUUUUUCUUGUUGAGAAGAAGUAUUUCUGCCAAUUUAAAUCACUUUUUUUUUUCCUUUUUUUUUUUUUUUUUUUUUUUUUUUGCCUGACCAAAUAAACAUUUUGGACUCACUGCUAUUCCUUUGAGCAUUAAGGAGGGAUGGUAUUCAGAUUGCUUCUCUAAUAUUGCCUAGGAUCAAAAAAUCCAGAGUGACUCUGGGGCAGGUGCUAUGUUUGUGUCCUGAGAGUUCGACUGGGUGUGUCACUAACAGCCUGGGCGGAUCUGUGCUGCCUCUCUGCAAAUAAUCCAAAUUUAUUUAACCUGAAGUGUAGACCCACAGCCACCCAAGCGUGGCCACUCUGACUCUCACCUUGCUUCAUACUGGGGUUCAAAUUACCUAUUGAAAUGUGGAUGGAAAGAGUGUUUUCAGCUACAUUGUUAUUUCUUGAAAAAGCAUCUAACUCCCACAAACAGAGAUGUAAGAACAGCUGUUUGAUGGGAAAUCAUGGUUUAUCCCUCAUAAAGUUGUAGCAGGAGAAGACCUCUGGAGGGGGCAGCUCAUCAACUGCACCAGCUUCCAAGGAAAAUGGAGUGUCUUCCAUAAAUAUUUCUGUUGUGCCAAACACUUCAGUUUGGGGCUUUUCUCUCAUGCUUUAGUUUUCCUGACUGUGUCAAAUCAACCACCGUGACCGUCAGAAUUCUCCACUUUGCCAAAAUCAAGCGUAUUUGUAGGAAGCAGAUUUUUGGCUGCCACUUUCAAAGGAGUCUGAGUAAAUUAAAACCACCAAAGCACAUUUACUCUGUCCAAAAAGAAAGUCCCAGCUUUCUUUUUUUGCUGUCUGUCACCCAAACCAGGGACACCCAAACAAAGCUUUAAUUUUCCUCCUCCUUCCUUGAAAGGCUCUAUUCACCUAUAUUUUUUUUCUGUGCCCUGCUGACCUCUGCACCAUUCUAGGCUGUGGAGUUGCUUUACCAGAGCAGAGCAAACAAAAAUUUAAUUAACACCCCUUCUGAUGUUGUUCCCUGGUGCCAGUGAACAAGUGAGGUAAUUGGGUGUGAGAUCAAAUCUGCACUUGAGCUCUUUUUUAAUUAAUAAAAGGUGCCCAUGAAUCUGCAGCUCAUGUCAGUGGGUGUCUGAGGCAGAGAGCAGAGGGCUGCAGUCGCUCUUGCACCAUCCCAGGGAACACGGGCAUCUCUUCUCUGCCCAUGGGGCUGCAGAGGGAGGCAUCAGCUCUCACCAGGGCACACACAGCCUUCCCAUGGCUCACCAUGGAUACCAUGGCAUCUGCCACAGGAAGGUCAGGAUUUAUGUCCUGGAUUUAUGGCCUGGGUUUAUGGCCGGCUCCUGCAAGGCGAGGACAGAGAGCACAGGAGAUAAGCUUGAUCCAGCACUAGAUUUGCCAUGAUCCUCUGGAGGAGGACAAGACCUUCCCCACUGAGCCAAGGAGGGAAAUUCUUCCCUGUGCCUCAAUGCAAAAAUUAAUUUUAACAUUCGCAGCCUUCACACGUCUGAGCAACCCUGGAGCCUGACCCCCUUCAUCCCUGUGUUCUGCUCAUCUCCUUCCUCACUUCCUCACAGAGGCUUGGAGCUGCUACCAGGAAUUUCCCCAGUGGAGCAUCUCUCGCCCCAUUAAAAACCAACAUUGGGUUGAGGCUCAGGAAGGAAACUGGGAAAGGAGACAAUCAGAUCUGCAUCAGUCCACAGGGGUAUUUGUUCAGCACCCUCCUCCUCUGCCUCUGCGAGGAGCAGCAGUUGACUGAGGUGCAGCUGCUCCUGGAUCAGGGCAUGUGAAUAAUUCCCAGCUGGAGAUAAUUCCUCCUGUUCUGAAUCAGGAUGAAAACACCUAAAAUUUAAAAGUAAACAUAAAAAAAUUUAGGAGAUUUCCUUAAAUACAGAUGAGUCCCUGAGGUAUUUUAUGCAAAGUUUGGGGUUUACUUUUUUACUAUAAACAUCCCUGAGGGAAGUGAGCUGUCCUGAAAAGCCAAAAUUUAUUUGGAAAUGCAAAAAUGCAAGAAUCUAGGCUCACAGCUUGCAAAAGUAUAAUAAUUAAUUAUCUGUCAAAAGUGAAUCUUCCCUGCAUAUUGUUGUAGGGUCACUGAGCUCUUGGGCUAUUUCUGACCAAAAGAAAUUUAUGAACAAACAUAGGGAGAAACUCCCCCUUCAGUAUAAUCCUGUGCAUAUAUUGGGAAGGCUGAAAGAACUGAUUCUGCAUCAUUCCUCUUUGAACUUAGCAAAGCAGGAUGUUUCUCCAAGCAGGAAGAGCCCCUGCAAAUGUGGGAUUUGGGAUGUGAGCUCUGCUUGUCCCCUUUCCUUCCACCAGCCACAGCCAUUUAGGAAAAUUAAGUCACUGAUGAGUCUCAGAAUCAAAAUAGAUUGACUUUCCCCUCCUCACUUCCAGACAGAGAUCUGACACUUCUUAACAAACGUUUUAGUUGGAUAUAACGUGGCUUCUUCCAUCCCAGGCAUAAAAUGCUUGGGGUGUAACACAGAGAUCCUACAACUGAACUGUUACAGGGGGACAAAAAGUUCUCCAUCCCCUCUGGAUGCUGUGCCAGCCUGGUGCCAGGGCAGGGCGGUCCCAGGACAGCUCCACCCACGGGGAGGUGAAAUGUAGAAAGGAAAGACACAUUCCAUUUUCUGUGAGGCAGAUGAUCAAGUUGUUUUUUUUAAUGUAUGAAAGGAACGCCAAACAAAUGCACAGCGUGGAACGAAGGCCAGGAAAAGAAGUUGCCCAAUCCUUUAAAAACAGUGGUGAAAAAUCUGGAAAAAGUCUUCCUAUUUGGAAACAGGUUAUAGAUCUGGAGAUUUCCUCUGCCAAUCUUUUGCCUUUCCUAUGGCUUUGUUUCCUUCGCCUCUCCUUGGUGAACCAGCUACAGCUCCAAACCCUCCUUAGCGAAUUUAUAAAGGUUUUAUACACGGUUCUUGCAGCAUCAAGUCCCAGGAGAAAAUCAGCCAUGAUUUUGAAGGCAAAAAUUUGCAAUUAAAUGUCUUCUACAUUGCAAGUGAAGUCUAAUAAGUGUUAAUUAAAAAAAAAAAUUUAAAAAAAAAAAAAAGGAAAUAUUUAAACAGUGCAGGAGAAAUGCUAAAUGAGAAAGUAUCCAAUAAUGAUGCUGGGAGGCUGAAAGGAAACUUCCUUUUUUUUUUUUUUUUUUGACUUUUUAACUUUUUUGGCUGAGAAGGGGAAAUGUUCUUGAUGGUGAAUGUGGGAAUAAAGGGAGAUAGUUUUUUUUCCCCUGUAUUUCCUCCAAGAAAAAUCAUCAUUUGCUGUGUAGGAAACAAAAGAAAAAUACUGCCAAAUAUGAAAAUAACCAUCAGCAAACAGAUCCCUCCACAUUUCCUUUCUCAUUUAGAUUUUUCACUAUGUGAAGAAUUUUAAUGAGCUCUAGGUAUGUGUUGCCACUGCAGCCAGCCAGAGAGAUGCUCAUUUUUGCUGAAGAAAAACCAAAGUCAUGGACACAGACAUGGGAACUGUAAUUAUUUCUGUCCCUGUGUUCCAUGUGUGGUACUUCCACUGACAUGACAAUUUUGAGCAACAUCAGGACAUUUCUGAAGAGUUCACACAUAAAGGAUUAAAUAAACCUCUCUAGAAAAGGAAUGCAAAUUAAAAUCCACCAUAUUCUAUUAGUUUAAUUACAGUAGCUAUGAAAUGUAAUUCAAUUAAGUUUGAAAAAAGUCAAUUACAGAACUUUCCUGCUGGUUUUACAAGCUGUGUUGAUUUUUCUUUUCUUCCCUUCUUAGCCCUCCAUGUGCCCCUUGCUGUUUUUUUAUGAUCUGUUCUAGAGCAGCAUAAUACAUCCAAAUUUUUUUUUUCUUUUGAGUGAAAAAAAGCUAUUUCUCUGCAUAGGUCUGGUCUCAGCCCAAAUCUGUAAUGGAAGGAUAAGAAGAGGUUGGUGCAAUAAACAACAAAAAGAAAAACCCCCAAAAAUUUCAGCAAUGCAAGAUCAAACAAACAAAAAAAUCCCCUGCUCUGCCAUGCGGCUGCGACUCUCCCACCGUGGUACAGCCCAGCCCGGCAGGGAUGAAGGUUCCCUUCCCUGCUUCCCACAGACUUUGGGGGUGCUGUUUGCUCCCCAGCUGCUCAGGCAGCAGCAUCCACAUCAUCCCUGGCUGGCCUGAGCUCCUGGGGAAGAAAUGCAAAGGCUGAGGUGCACAAAUUCGGACCCUCAUCACUUGUCAGAGUGGAAUUACUGCACCAGUUUCACUGGAGCACAGCUGGGAACAACACUUAACCCCCACACUGAUUUGUAAAGAAUAUACAAUUUUCUGUUUAUUAACCCAAAAAAAAAAAAAGCUAUUAUAUUUUUAAUAGUCUGGGUUCCAGGCUGGAAGUCCUCUUCAAAACCUCUCCAAGACACAGAUUAAACCCAUAGCAAGUUAAAUGGUGCAUCUGUGCCCUAUGAAUGGCCAAAGCCUUUUCUAACUGCUCUGCCAGCUGAGCGGGGCCAUCCCAUAAAGCAGAACCUUAGAUGCAUCUGUGCAAUGGAAAAUAACUUUUUAGUUCAUUUUCUCAUGCCAGGAGGCAAUCAGUUUAUUCUUCUUUUUUCCCCAGGUUCUGACCCAAGGUGUACAGUUAGCUCCAAAGUGUAUCCGUGUUUGUAUGUCAAACCCAUCUUGCAAAGGAACAAAGGCUUUUAAAUUGCAAAAAGGAAAUCAAAGUAAUAUACUGUACAGAUCGCUGUAAAAUUGAGCUGUAGUGUAAGACCUUGUGCUUUAGAAUUCACUAUUGAGGAACUCAAACGUGUAUCAUAUUUAUUUAUUCUGGUAGGUAAAAGAAGAAGAAGAAAAAAAAGAGUUUAUAUUCAUUUCUGAAAAGCUGCAGCAUGAUGCUAUGUACCAAUUGUGCCAGUCCUGCUUUCUGUAAAAUUAUUGCCUGUUUUCAUACUCCGCUAAUAAAAAGGAAAAAAAAAAAAAAAAGAAAAA